AUGGGCGGGGACUUGUCCACCUCGGGUGAGGACCGCAGCACCAAGGCCAAGGGCUGUGAAGCAGGCUACACCGACGCUGUGCAGAAGGCGCUGGCGAACCAUAUGUUCCACCACUGCGGGGCCUGGUGCAUCUUCGACUUCGAUGACCCGAAGGUCUCCUACGGAUGGGUGGCGGACAAGAGCUGCUGGAACCGCGGAGGCUGCGACAACCAUCCGGAGCAAGCAUCGGUCGAGAAGCGGAAGGAGAACUCCUGCCGGUUGACAACGACCACUACGACCAGCACCACCACCACCACCAGCACCACCACGACCUCCACCUCCACUUCCACGACCAUCACCUCCACCACGACCAGCACAUCCACGACCACCACAAGCACCACUACCGUGACCAGCACCACCAUUACGAGCACAACCACCACCACCUCGACCACCACAACAAGCACAUCCACCACUACGACGACCAGCACCACCAUCACGACCACCAGCACCAGCACCAGCACCACCACCACCAGCACCACCACCAGCACAACGACCACCUCCACGACUACGACCACCAGCACUUCGACCUCCACCACGGUGACAACGACGAGCACCACGACCACCAGCACCACCACCAUCACAACCACCACCACCACCUCCACCAUCACAGAGACGACCACGACUACCACAACGAGUACCACCACCAUCACCACCAGUACCACGACGACCUCCACAAUCACCACGACUGUCACCUCCACCUCCACCACCACCACUUCCACGGAGACGUCCACCUCCACCACUACCACCUCCACCACCACGUCUACUUCGACCACCACCACCUCUACUGUGACCACCACCUCCACGACCGUCACGACCACCACCACCAGUACAACGACGCGGACCACCACGACGACAUCGACCACCACCGUCACCACCACCACAAUCACCUCGACGACCACGACCACUUCAACCAAAACCACCACGACAACAAGCACCAGCACCGACACUACGACGACCAUCACCACCACCAUCACUACCACUACGACGCAGGACUGCCUCUUCCACCAGAAGCCGUCGAUUUCCAACGCCACGAUGAUCGGCUACUGCGGAGACCUCAACAGCUACGCCGUGGACCUCUCCGAGAACGCGCGCAGCUGCGAGGAGGCCACCACGCCCUUCGUGCGCCGCGCGCUGGCCAACUUCAUGUUCAACCACUGUGGAUCGCCUUGUCUUUUUGACUACUACCAUCCCAGCAACAUCUCCUACUACUGGGACAGCAAGGAGAAGUGCUUCCGCGAGUCCAGCCAUUGCAUCAACCACGUGGAGCAAAACCUGGUGAUCCGAAGGAAGAAGACGCUGUGCAAGGCCCGCAGCUUAGCAGCCUUCCAUGCAGUGGAGGAGAUUGCGAAGAAGAGCAAGAAUACCAAGGUGGCCUACAUCUAUGGCUACACUUUUCAGGAGUGGCCUUUGGCCGCAGCGGUCUACUUGAACAAGCCAAGUGAGCACGAGAAAUGGGUGUGUGGUGUGCCAGAGAAGUUCAAGCAAAAGUGGCCGAAUGUCCAGUACUUCCUGAGCUCUGUGGAAGCCAUCGACUGUGACAAGAAGGAGAUCAAGCUGAUGGACCGAGGUCCCGAUGCCUCAGCAGUCAUCUCCUACAAGGCCGUGAUCCUGGCCACCGGGAGCAAGUCUCCUCUGAUCACCCCCAGUCCCGGCAUGUCCCUGUCCGAAAGGAUCUCAGAGGUCCAGGCCUGCGGAAAGGCAAUGAGGAACGCCAAGACGGUGGUGUUCAAUGGCUCGGGCCUGGUAGGGGUCGAAAUGUGUGGAGACUUCCGCGUGAACAAUGGAUACUCAGCGCGAGUGAUUCUGCUCUCUCGCUCGGGCACGGUGCUGGACACAGACUUUGGAGAAAAAGCUCCCAGCCCCAAUCCCGCUGUGGUGCAGAAGGUCACCGAUGUCCUGACCAACAAGUUCAAAAUCGAGAUAAAGCAUGGAUCGGUGUCAGAUCCCAGGUUUUCGGAUGCCAUCCUGAGCCCUGGCUCCCUUCAGCUUGACGGAGAGUCCGUGGACUUCGAUGUCUACAUCCCCUGCUAUCCGAUUGGCCCGAACACCGGCAUGUUGGUCUCCUCGAAAGAGAUCCUGGAUGGCAGGGGCGCGUUGGUCACCAACGACUGCCUCCAAUCCACCUCUCAUCCAGAGGUCUUUGGGGUGGGAAUCACCACCACCAAGGUGGUUGGCCACCCCAUCACCUCCCGCCUCACGGCCGCUGGCCAGCAUUGCGCCACGCAGGCGCUGGCGGUGCUCCAAGGGAAGCAAGCCCAGGCCUUCAAGGACAAGGCAGACCCGCCACCCAUGCCACAACCCAUGAAUGUGAAGAUCGGCCACGGACCUGGAGGCUAUAUGAUUUGGACCCAACUUCCAGGACCUGCGAAGGUGUGUUGCUGUCAGUGCUGCAACGGAGGCUUUCCCUGUUGUCCGCCUCCCUGCUGCUGGUGCUGCAUCCCUGGAUGCGCCCACGCCUGUGGCUCCUGUGGCGGUCCCCCAGAAGGUGAGGGGCCGGCCGUUUUCAUGAUCAGCCUGCUUGCCAAGUUCACUGGCGCCCAUGGCUUCAAAGGUUUGGGCCAAUAUGGGGACGUUCCCAAGCAGGAGAGCAUGACCUGA